AUGCCGCCUCGGAGCCUGCCCAAAUCGCCGUUCGCAGGCAUCGGCGCAGGACACAGCAUUGUGGCAAACCUUUCUCGCGGAUCGCCCGCUCCUUCGACUCCAGUUCGCGCUUCACAUCUUGCCAGCACAUCCACCACCAACACUCCAACACGCUACGAUGGCCUCCCGCUCGCCGACGCGCACACCAACACAUUCGCUGCCUUUUCAGAAGCCGACUUUCUCAGCUCGGGCGUCAGCGACAGCCUCUCGCGCGCCUUCUACUUUGAUGUCAUUGUCGAACCACCCUUGACCUCAGCUGUGUCCUCCUAUUCUCUCUCCAAGACCAGUAGUACCACAGCUUUUGAGGCAUGGCUCGGCGAUGUCGUUCACGACUACGAUGCUGAUCCCGCUGCCGCGUCAGCCGCUCGCGAUGACGAUUCACCAAUGCCAAAGUCCUCGAGCGGCUCCAGCAUCACCGCCGUGUCUUCAUCCUCAGUUGCUUCGCCUGGCCCUUCGUCUCCCACCAAAUCCUCCAAGGUCGAUCCGAGCAAACUCUUUGGCCGCGUCCAGGAGCUCAUCGACACAGAACGCAGCUACGUCAAGCGCAUCGACGUGCUACACCAAAAGUACGCUGUACCUCUUCGCGACCUUGCCAAAGACCGAACUGCCGCCAUUAUACCCCUCUACGAAGCUCAAAGACUGUUCGGCAACAUCGGCGAGAUUGCAGGCGCUAAUCGCGCUUUCCUCAACGAUCUCGAGCGUCUCGUGCUGCAAGGUCACGAUGCUCUCCGUGCUGGUCUCGGCGAAGUCAUCUACAAUCACAUGUCCUGCUUCUCCUGCUACACCGACUACUUUGCCAACUUCGAAAAGGCGAAGCACAUCGAGCGCACCCUGGCAAAACAUCGCGCCUUCUGCGAAUUUACCGACAGAACAAAGUACUCCGUCACCGACAUCGGCAAUACUGGACUUCGCGAUCUCAUGAUGGAGCCUGUUCAGCGCAUCCCUCGGUACAAGCUUCUGAUCGAUGCUAUUCUCAAACACGUAGAGCAAGGCGACCCGUUGCGCAAGCGGCUCGAGCAGGCUAUCUCGCUUGUCAGUCGGAUCGCCAGUUGUGAGGCCGACGAGAAGACGCGCAGGGCCGCCAUCCUCUGGAGCUUCAGCCGCAACAUCGAGGCUUUCCCAGCCGAGCUCAUCAGUGCGCAUCGCAGGUUCAUCGACUGCAUCGACGUCGACGACUACCCACUAGACACUUCUGCAGGAUCAUCCAGCAUUGCCGCGUCUUUCUCCGGCAUCAAAUCUAUACCCUGCACACUUUUCCUCUUCGAUGAUCGCAUCGCCAUCGUCAAGCGCAGCCAUGCAAGCACAAGCGGACGCAAACUUGUUGGUCUGGAUGACGUCGGCCGUCUCAUCUCUCAGAUGAAGACUGUCACGGAGAAGAGCUCGACCGGGUCGAUCCUCGCGCCCAGCAAACGGUCCGAAUUGUCUUUUCGCGGAUGCAUCAGCCUCACGGACGUCGAAGCACAGGAUCUCGGCGGAGCCGACUUGCAGCUUGCAAUGCUUCGCCAACCCAGCCACGUUACUGGAGACAAGUGGUCCAACCGACCUCUGCGUCAGUAUGUUGCCGUCGACACGUCGGCAUCUGCGCCCGGCACACACGGCUCUCGCAUUCAGAUGGGCUCAUCUUCUCUCGACGCCGACGUCUCGGCUAAGCUGGAAAAGAUGCGCUUCCUCGAGAGCGUGUGGAAAGCCAAGGCGCUCUACAAAGCGGUCCGAAGUCGCUCUGAGGUCAGGUGCACCAUUGUGCCUGCCUCUCGUCGCGGAGCACGAUCCAACGACAUCCUAAUCGGUGCUCCGCAGCCAUCAUUGAGUCUCCGGGAUUCGCGCAAAGUCAUCUACUUUCAGCUGCACUCGCGGCAAAGCUACGCCGACGAGUCGCAUCGCGCUCCCGUGGCAGUCUCAGUGGACCCGCCGGGCAUCUCUGACCGAGUCGAGCUUGGCCACACAGACCUGUCCCAUCCGCACGCCAUCCUAGAUAUCAGCCAAGUGGACGAGAUGGAGGAAGAAUUCGUUGCCACGGUUCGCACCAAGUCGGCCCAUGGCGGUGGCGAAGUGCUCGGCGAGCCGCAUGCCUUGUCCUCCGCAGAUCUUGCAGACCACAUCGUGCAGCUGUCGGACGAGGUGGAGAAGCGCUUUGGCAGUGUCAUUCGUACACAUGCGCUGAGUCCGCCUGGAACACCUUCCGGAUCUGGUUUCCGUCAGCGGGCGAAAGCUGCAGCGGGCUUAGAGAACUUUGGCCGGUCACUCCUCUUCGGUGGUAGCGGCGCAGCAUCCAGCAUUUCAAGCGCCGGUAUCUCCAAUAUUGACGUUUUCGGCUCGCCGGCCCGUCGCAGCGACAGCAACGCCUCCAAGAGCACCUUCAGUAGCACCGCAGCCUCCGUCAGCAGCAGAGGCAAGACCAUGUCUACAGCUGGCACUAGCAUCAGCAGCCGCAGCGCAGCACUUGAAGGACUCUCGCGUGGUGGUACGACCAACUCACCUGGAUCCUUCAGAAGGUUUGGACGUCGUCGAUCGUCCUCGGUCGGACCAGCUUCUAGUCGCUGCGACAUGGACAGUGCCGACGAGAACGAUGUUCCGCGCCGCACUCGUGCCAUGACACCAGAUGCAAACAUGUUGCUCUCGACAUCUGCCGGUGCACCAGCCUCGACACUCUCGCGAAGAAACGGCACCGGUACGGUGAUUGGCGGACGCGGCUUUGUAAGCCAUACUCGAUCUCGUACCGAGAGUGCAGCACCGUCCGCGCCGACGUGGUCGGGAACCACCUCGCAGGCCUCUUCUCAGCAGCGCCAGAGGGCCGAUUCGGUCGAUCUCUGUAGGACGCCGAGCUCCCUCAGUCGGAGACCUACGGGUCCGAGAGGUCAGAUGAGUCCCAGUCCGGCUCCAGGAUCCGAUCAUCGAGCCGAGCCGUUGUCGCCGUCGUGGAUGUCAAACGGCUCGACGACGCCGCUCAACAUACGUCGCAAGGCAGCGCCAAAGGAGAAUGGGGCAGAGGACGAGGACGUCGCCACGCCGGUUCGAGCCAGACCUUUGUCCUGCAUGGGUGUUUAUGGUAAGGCGGAUCAGAGCGAUGACGGUGCCCCGCUGGUAGCUAGGAGACGCGCGUCCGGCACCAAACGCCCCUUGUCUUCGUACGACGGUGAUGUCGCGGGGAACGGUGGCGAGGGCUCGCUCAAGAAGCGACCUUCUCACGGCCUCGACAAGGAGUCGAAAGAGAUUCGCUUGUUACCGCACAAACGGCCAUCUGUGGAAGAGCCCGGACGCAGCUCCAUAUCCGAGAGCGAGGCGUCCACAGAGCAAGGGCACUCUAAAGCGCCAUCUCAAUCUGUCCCGCCCGUCGCCCCUGCACGCACAUCAUCGACCGUCACCAAAGCCCAAGAGUCUCGUCGACGCAACGAGGCGAUGGAGUUCGGUCUGCGUCUGGUCAAAGAAGAACUCAACCUGCUACGAUGCGACGUUGAGAUCCUGCAGUCAAGCCUGACGGCGAUCGAGAACUCGCGGACACCUCGGAAGCGACCUGACUCGACCGUUCUCGCGGACCGCGACCUCAACACCACCGCUGUCAAUCGCGAGGUGACGCAGAUCCAUGCGCGACUGCAAAAGCUCGAGUCGCUCUUCACCGACGUUGAUGCGCGGUGGAUCUCCUCGAUCCGAAUGCACAAUCGCAUCGUGCACGAUUUGAACGUCGCUACUACCGCGCUCGCCUCUCAGGCACCAACAACCACUCCAGCCCACGAAGACGCGCUGCGUUCGGAGAAAUCGAAGCUCGAACACCAACUGAGCGCGCUGAAGCGUCAAUGCGAGCUCCUCACGACGUUGGAAGCCGACGGCCGGCUGGAGAACACCGAGAUGCACAAGGCGUUCAAUGAAGAGCUCGAUCUGCUGUACGACCACACGCAGGCGCCGGAGUCGAUCGAACUGGCGGCGCUGCGCAAGGAGCUCAAGCGCACCAAGGCCGCACAACACGAGCUGAUGGUGGAGAACAAGCGGCUGAAGCGGGAUUUGACGCUCGAACAGGGCCAGACGCAGACAUACAAGGCCGCCCUGGAGAGACAUGCUUUGCUGUGA